AUGAGAAGCAAGAGCGGUUUCAGUUUCUUCUCUAAGAUAACAUCUUCAAGGAAGCGACCUUCUCUCUCGAGACCUAGCAAGGGUUUUGAGUCGUCGGAGAUCGGCAGGACGAUCGAUUACGCCGCCGAGAUUAUCGAGAAAUGGAACACCGAGUAUAUCUCUGAAACGAAAUUUUAUUCUCUGUUUUGCGAGAGCAAACGAGAGGCGAAGAAGUUCGUGAGACGCGUGAAGGAUUUGCAGAACGCGAUGGAUUUGUUGAUUAGCGAAGAUCCGAACUCGGAGAAACUCCUUAGAGCCCAGAGACUGAUGCAGAUUGCUAUGAAAAGGCUUCAGAGUGAGUUUCUCCUGAUUCUGUCAAUGAACCGUGCGCGUUUGGAUCCCGAAUCCGUCUCUAGUAGAUCGCCGACCUCUGUCGUAUCAAACCAUGAAGAUGUUUGGCAUGAGUCUCGUCCUGCUAGAUAUUCCAUCAUCGAAGUCGAAGCGGUGUCGAAGAACUCUGUGACGGAGCUCAAAUCCAUCGCCGAGUGCAUGAUCGCCGCCGGUUACGCGAAAGAGUGUGCGACUGCCUAUAAAUCCAUCAGAAAAUCGAUAGUCGACGAAGGGAUUCACCGUCUCGGAGUCGAGAAAAUAAGUUCGUCCAAGGCGAAAAAGAUGCCGUGUGAGGUUCUCGAGUCGAAGAUGAAGAGUUGGAUCGAGGCGGUUCAAGUGUCGAUGAAGACUCUCUUCGACGGCGAAAAGACUCUCUGCGAUGAAGUCUUUGAGUCCUCUGUUUCACUCAAAGAGUCCUGUUUCCGAGACAUCUCUAAAGAAGGAGCUCUUCUUCUGUUUGGGUUCCCUGAAACCGUUGCCUUGAGAGACAAGAAAAAUCCGCACCCGGACAAGAUUUUCCCGCUGCUGGAUAUGUACUGCGCGAUCACCGAGAACUUACCGGAGAUCGAAUCGAUCUUCUCGUUCGAAUCAGUAUCCGCUGUUAGAUCUCAAGCUUUCAACUCGCUUAGCAGACUCAGUGAGUCGAUUCUUUCGCAUAUGGUGGAUUUCGAAUCCGAGAUCCGUAAAGACGCGUCGAGGACGGUGGUUCCUGGUGGAGGCGUUCAUCCGAUGACGAUCUCCGCCAUGGAUCACCUCUCGCGCCUCGCUGAGUACAGUAGCGCUCUCAUGGAUAUCCUCAAGGCAUCAUCCUCCUCCGCUAAAUCUUUGCUUCCGAAAUCUUACUUCAAUCUCUCGGAAUCCGACGGAUCUCCGGCUUCAGAGGUGAGAGUGCGAUUCGCGUGGAUGAUCCUCGUUCUCCUAUGCAAGAUCGACGGGAAAGCUGAAAUGUACAAGGAGUUCUCGAUGCAGUAUCUCUUCUUAGCCAACAACCUGCAGCACGUGGCGUCACGCGCACGCUCCACGAACCUGAAGCAGCUCCUCGGCGACGAUUGGAUCUCUAGGCAUUUCGAGAAAGUCAGGCAGUUCGCCAGAAGCUACGAGCGGCUCGCGUGGGGUCCACUUGUGUCGCUGUGUCCGGCGAUCAGUACUUCGGAGGCGGUGGAGAUGUCGCCGGAGGAGGCGAAGAUGCAAUUCGAGAUGUUCAACGAGAGUUUCGAGAGCACGUGCGAGUCACAUAGCGCGUGCGUCGUACCUGAUCCGAAACUGCAGGACGAGAUGAGAAUCUCGAUCGAGAGAAAGCUGUUGCCGGUUUAUCGUGAUUUUUACAACGCGCAUAGAAAUGCCGCUAUGUUGGCGGGAACGGAAGGUGAGUGGAAUGACAGAUAUACCCCUGAAGAUCUCGGAAAGCACUUGUCGGAGUUGUUUAAGGGUGUUUCGGAGAAACCAUAUCCGUGUUCGACAUCUUUCUGUCUUCUUACAGCUCCUCUCAAUGCUGGACGAAAGCCCAGAUCUUUGUCAUGCAGAAGGUUUUGA